AUGUUGAGCGUGUGGGCGUUCGAGGAUGCCGACACCAACCUCUACGCUCGGAUGUACGACGCUGCCGACGGGCUCAAACGAGGGCGCGUCAAUCUGGAGCAGAGCCAGCUGCAGCGCUCGGGUUUGCCGCUGCCGACGCUGCAGCAGGUCUGGCAGAUAGCGGACACCGAUGCCGACACCGAGCUGACGCGGCCCGAGUACUACGUGGCUUGCCACAUCAUCAUGCGCCACCUCAAGCGGCAG